AUGCCCGAAAUCCCGAUCUAUCACGGCCUCUCGUAUUUGUCAGAGAUGAUUCCCUUGGCGGCGAAAAGCGAAGAGCGCCUGGAACAGGCUCGGCACCUGCAAGGGGUUUGCUGGGGCGAAGAGUAUGAGCGGAUGGUUUCCGGCAUGCUAUACUCGCCGCUGGCGCCCGAGCUGGUGGCCGGCCGGUCCAGGGCCCGGCGACUGAUGGCUGACUUCAACGCACCCCUGGAGAUGAGUCUGCCGACGACUCAAGUGACAUGGGCUCGCGAUGGAAUCGUGCAGCGGCUUUUUGGCGCGGUCGGACGAGAUGUCUGUAUUGAACCGCCGCUCCUGACCGUUCUCGAUUGCGGGCUGGUCACGAUCGGGAACCACGUCGCCAUCGGACCCAACGUCAACAUCAUCACGGGCGAGCACGAAACUUCGAUCGAGGCUCGCCGGGACCAUCGUGGAUCGGAAUUCACGCGCGAAGUGACCAUCGGUGACGACUGUUGGAUCGGAGCGGGGGUCACCAUCCUUGCCGGCGCCCACAUCGGAGAAGGCAGUUCCAUUGGAGCUGGAUCAGUGGUCAAAGGCGAAAUUCUUCCCUUCAGCGUGGCCGUAGGCGUCCCAGCUCGAGUGGUCAAGUCAAUGCAAUCCUCAUCUGUUUCUGCGACGUGA